AUGGGCAUGAGACACUAUGCUUAUGAGUGUCCUACCAAAAAGACCAUGAUUCUCAAGGAUAAUGGGGAGUACACUAGUAAAUCUGAAACUAGUGAGAGAGAAGAGAAUGAAGACGUGGAGGAAAAAGAGGUCACAGAGGGAGAUUUGUUGAUGAGAAGGAGGUUGUUAGGUAGCCAAUUGAAGCCUUUGGAUGAGUCCCGAAGAGAGAACAUUUUUCACACUAGAUGUUCUAUCAAUGGGAAGGUUUGCAUGGUGAUUAUUAAUGGAGGAAGCUGCACCAAUGUGGCUAGUGCUAGAUUAGUGUCAAAACUAAAUUUGGCCACUAGACCACAUCCUAGGCCAUACAAACUUCAAUGGCUUAGUGAGGAUGGAGAAGUACAAGUAAGACAGCAAGUAGAAGUGAAAAUUUUCAUUAGAAAAUACAAGGAUAAUGUGCUAUGUGAUGUAGUUCCAAUGGAGGCCAGCCACAUACUUUUGGAGAGACCAUGGCAAUUUGACACUAGAGCCAUCCAUGAUGGUUAUUCCAACAAGACCUCUUUCAUGCACCAAAAUAAAAAAAUUGUACUCAAACCAUUGAGUCUUAAAGAGGUAUGUGAAGAUCAAGUGACGAUGAGAGAAAGGAUUGCUCAAGAGAGGAAAGAAUUGCAACAAGAGAGUAGUCUUAAAAAGGAGAAUGACACACUUGAGAGAAAAAUGAGUGAAAAGGAAAAGAGUGAAGCGCUUGAGAGAAAAAAAGAUUUUCAAGAUAUUUUUCCUUCAAGUGUACCAAGUGGUUUACCACCAUUGAGGGGGAUUGAACAUCAAAUUGAUCUCAUUUCGGGAGCAUCUUUACCCAAUAGGCCAACAUAUAGAAGCAAUCCACAAGAAACAAAAGAAAUUCAAAUACAAGUGGAUGAGCUCAUGAGCAAAGGAUGGGUAAGAGAUAGUAUGAGUCCAUAUGUUGUAUCGGUAAUUUUAGUCCCUAAAAAGGAUGGAACAUGGAGAAUGUGUUCGGAUUGUAAAGCCCUGAAUAAUAUCACCAUAAAAUAUAGGCAUCCUAUACCUAGGCUUGAUGGAGGUUUGUUAAAAGACUUUAGCACCUUGACAGCACCUCUUAAUGAAGUGGUUAAAAAAAAUGUGGUUUUUAAAUGGGGAGAGAAACAAGAAGAGGCCUUUGCUGCCCUAAAUCAUAGGCUAACAAAUGCACCAAUUCUUGCUUUGCCUAAUUUUGAUAAAUCUUUUGAAAUUGAAUGUGAUGCAUCCAAUGUGGGAAUUGGGGCUGUUUUGUUACAAGAAGGUCAUCCAAUUGCUUAUUUUAGUGAAAAGUUAAGUGGGGAGUUUGUGAUCCAUAGUGAUCAUGAGUCUUUAAAGUACUUAAAGGGACAAGGCAAGCUUAACAAAAGGCAUGCCAAGUGGGUUGAGUUUUUGGAACAAUUUCCCUAUGUUAUAAAGCAUAAAAAAGGGAACAUUGUAGCCGAUGCUUUAUCUAGGAGACAUGCAGUACUUUCCAUUCUUGAAACUAAGUUGUUUGGACUCCAAUCUAUGAAAGAAAUGUAUGUGAAUGAUGAAGUUUUUGGUGAUAUAUAUGUUGCAUGUGAAAAGAUGUCUAAAAAUGGUUAUUAUAGGCAUAAUGGGCUGCCUAGAACAAAGAGUGGCAAAGAUUCUAUUGUUGUUGUUGUUGUUGAUAGGUUCUCUAAGAUGGCUCACUUCAUACCUUGUAAAAAGGGAUGCCAAGUUCCUAAGUCACUUUUGGAGGACUCUGUGGGAAAGCUAGCUGAUGAGGCGUUGGAUUUGUGGUCAAAUCCUCUUCAAGAGGGAGGGAAUAAUGAAGACAUGGUUAAAGACAAGAGGAACAACACACUUGAAUGA